CUUCGCGGAAACAGAUCUCUUCCUUGUCUUCCUGUCUUCUCCCUCGGCAUUGGAAAAUUUGAACAAGGAAAGAAGAAAAGGGGAAGAAAGCAUUAAGAGCUGCAGAUGUCGCGCGAAAGACUCAGAAGGGCCGCUCUCCCUCCUGUCCAAGAGAAUAUCGAUAAAUUGGAGAAGGUGAUAAAGGAUGGUAACUGUUAUGGAGCUCAACAGAUGUACAAGUCUAUCAGUGCAAGAUAUACUUCUGUUCAGAGAUUUUCUGAAGCUUUGGAUCUUCUUCACUCGGGAGCAUGCCUUCAAUUGGAAAAGAACCAGGUUACUUGUGGCUCGGAGCUUGCUGUAAUGUUUGUGGAAACACUUGUUAAAGCAAAGGUCCCCUAUGAUGAUGAUAACCUUGAUCGUGUCAGGACAAUCUACAAACUAUUUCCUCAGAUUCCUGUGCCACAACACCUAGGUGAGGAGGAUGAUGUUCACCAACUCGCUGAAGCGCUUGCAGCUGCGAAAACACGAGUAGAGUGCUGCUCGUCGUUCUUGAGAGCUGCAAUAAGGUGGUCUGCGGAGUUUGGACCCCAUAGGAGUGGAAGCCCACAACUACAUGUCAUGCUAGCUGAAUACUUGUAUUCCGAGUCUCCUGAACUGGACAUGGCAAAAAUAACACUUCAUUUUGUGCGAGGUGAUGAUCCUAAAAAGUUUGCAUCGACCUUAGUCAGUUUUAUGGGCAAGUGUUACCCUGGUGAAGAUGAUCUGGCAAUUGCAAGGGCCGUUCUAAUGUAUUUAUCUGUGGGCAACAUGAGGGAUGCUAAUUUUUUGCUGGGUGAAGUAAAGCAGCAGGUGGAAGCUAAGAAACUUGAAUUCCCACAAACAGAUUUGAUCUACUUCAUUUCUUAUCUUUUACAGACGUUGCAGAGAGACGCGUACCCACUUUUUAGUAUGUUGAGAUCCAGUUACAAGCAGAGCAUAGACAGAGAACCUGCAUUUAACGAGUGGCUUGACGAUAUAGGGGAGGUCUUCUACGGUGUACAGCGGAGAAAUCCCCUGCAAGGAAUGUUCGGAGACAUCUUCAAGAUGAUGUGAGGAUGGGUUCUGCCCCUUGCAUAUUAAAGUCUCUCUUCCAUUGUUGUUUUUUUCAGAGGGGAGCCACCCCAAUCCAAUCUGGCUAUUCUUCUUUCUUUCAUUUAGCCUUCUUCAAAGGCUGUUUUGUAUUUACGAAGGGCUCCCUCCAAGUUGUAAGUUUGUAGCAUCCUUCCUUUGAAUUUGCUUUUCUUUCCUUUUUAUGGACUGGAGGGUCUCUUGCAUUUCGAUUCUGAUACGUAGCUUGUAUUCUGUUCCGUCAUAAAUUAUUCAAACGAAAACCGCCUUCUUACCUCUAAUUUCCCUCCUGUUUACUCUCCUGUACACUCUUGCUGUAAAAUUGUUGCCUUGAGCACUGACAUGAUAAAGGGAAAGCCAUUAUGUGUUUAUGCUAUGAGUUGUACAGAA